AUGUACAAGCUAGCACAAUCCAUACCAGUAGAUCAGCACCGUGUGCCAAAGUCAGGGAAAGCAGAUGCUCCCAGCACAACUCUCACUGCCCGAACAAGUUGUUCCACUGCGAGCAGUGACUUUUCGCCUCCGCCGCCAUUGUAUCCUGCAGGUGGCGAGGAACACCACUUGCCGUACCAAUACCACAAUGGCAGCAACGGCAGCAACGACGACAACCACAACCACAAUGAUGCACAACUGAUGCCUCCCCAACUGUUGCGGUCGGAUAGCAAUCAUAAUGCUGCACCACAGUUGCUAUCGAUGCCUUCUCCCGAACCAAUACCGGCGGCAUUGGAUCGCCACUUACCGUACCAGUACCACAACAACAACAACAACAACGAAGCACAGGUGUUGCCUCCCACCCAUUUGUUACGAUCGGAUAUCAAUGAUGCUUCACCACAGUUAUUGGUGCCUUCUCCCGAACCGUUACCGGCGGAACCAGAACCGAUACCAGCGGAAAUGGAACCGCAACCAGACCCGCCUGUACUGAUUGCCGAUGUGGAACACUACACAGAAGACAAGCACAACAACAGGAAUGGCGACAAUCAGCAGACUCGAGAAAAGAUGAAACAAGUUUUGGCAGGAGUUCUCACGAUUGUUCUACUGAUCCUGGCCAUUAUUGCCAUCAUCUUUGCAGCUACUGCUGGUGGUAGUGACAAGACUACUACUACAACUAGCAUUACUGUCAUCCCUCAAACGUCUGCACCAACGGUACCCGUGAUACCAUCACCCACUUCAGAACCAAGCAGCCAACCUACUCUACAACCAACGUAUGAACAGGGAUCCCUUGUGGAGGCAUUUCGUAAAGUGUACCAGGUCGCGACAACCACAGAAAUUGAUCGCUGGAUAGAUGGUCUUUCCGGGGCCAUCCCCUCAGAGCAACAAGUUUUCUGGUUUCUUUCCAUCCGAGCUGGCUCUGCUUACAGCUUUGAAUGA